AUGCCUGCACCCGUCGUGCGGAUUAUAAAUGCGGAUCCGGAACGCGUUUACAAAGCUUCGCUGUCGCUUUCCGGAUGUGGAUUCCUCUGCAUAUAUCAUGCUGGUGUGUGCGCAGCUGUUAAAGAAUAUGCUCCGCAGUUGUUGCAAAAUCGAAUUUCCGGUGCUUCUGCGGGCUCCAUAAUUGCUGCUAGUAUUGUCUGUAAUGUCUGUAUUUCCCAAACUACGAGCUUCUUCCUCAGCGUCGUCUCUGAGGCAAGGUCAUAUACAUUUGGUGUUCUAAAUCGAGAUUUCGACUUGAUGAAAUUGCUGCGGAUGAAACUGAAUGCAAUCUUACCAAGUAAUGCUCAUGAGCUUUGCACUAAUCGACUGAGGAUUUCCGUAACUCGAUUCCGUGACAUGGAAAAUGUGAUAUUGGAUAAGUUUCACACCAAGGAUGAACUCAUUGAAGCAAUUUGUUGUAGCUGUUUCAUUCCUGUAUACGGUGGCUUUGUUUAUCCAACGUUUCGGGAUGAAAUUUACAUUGACGGUGGCGCUAGUAAUAAUCAACCGAUUAUCGAUACCGAUACUAUAACAGUCUCUCCAUUUUCGGGUGAAUCUGACAUUUGUCCAACAGAUGAAGAAAGCGCUAGCUUAUUUGAAUGGAAUUUUUCUGGUACUUCUAUUCGAUUGACAGCGAAUAAUUUGUAUCGCACUGCUUUAUGUCUUUUUCCUCCGUCUGUUGAGGAAUGUGCAUCCCUGUGCCGAAGUGGUUUCAAUGACGCCUUGAAAUUUCUUAUUGAUAAUGGGUUCACAUCAAAUGCAGUUUGCCUAGAAGCAGAUUUAUCAACUAAUUUGAAUCAGAUAAAUGAAGCACUUGAUGUGGCAAUAUCGUCGACCUCUACGAACCGUCAGGAAAGUUAUGAGGACGGAAGGAUUGUGGAAUAUAAUGAUGCUAUUCGCUCAGAGGGGUCUACUCAGUUACCUCAUUCGUUGCAAAGUGCAUUUGAUGAAACAAUGAAAAAAAAGUGGUUUCCGGAUUACAUUAGUUCAUUUCGGGUUGUUCAGUUAGCUCGCUGUGUAACAUUACCCCUUACUGCAGCUUAUCAGUGGUUCAAAUUUUGUCAGUGUUUAAGUACUUGGCUCGCAGCACGAAUUACCAGGCAUAUUGCAGACGACUGGUACAGUAUAAGAGUAAAGCAUAUCAUCAGUUUUAUUUUGAAUGAGAUUCAUGCGCAGAAAGCAAAAGUUUUUGCAAGCCAGCAUCUGGCAAUCGAAGUCGAGUUCACUGGAGAUGGUCAACAACCUAUUGUUUGA